AUUCCUCACUCUUCUGACAAAUCUCAGGCUGUGUGGAAGGUGCAGCAGCCAUGGCUGGACAGACAGAGAGAGCCCUGGUUUUGUGGCUACUGCUGUUUGUGAGUCUCGUGUUCCAGACCAAGGAGUUUGAGUUGUCAGAUGAGGACUGGGAGGACCUACCUGCAAGCCUAGUUUCUCUUCACAGACUGAGGGGACUGCACAACCAGUUUACCCGCGAGACAAAACCUGACGCACAUAUCCCUUUGCUCCGAUCAGCAGUGUUCCAGAGGAGACUGGGACCAGCUAGCCGUCAACUGUCGGAUUCUGAAAGUGUUACACUGGAUGAAAAUACAGAGAGGGACAUAUUUGAAGUCUUGAAAGGCUGUCAGGAUUUACCACAGUGCUUUCUCCAAAAAGAACAGGACUUCAAAGGUUUUCUGGUACAUGUUGAGGAACAGAAGCUUCAAGAUUCACUGCUGUCUGCAUCAGAAUGGUCAUACACCUAUCGAAACAAAGUUCUCCUCCUGAUGGACGAAGAGGCAGAGACACUCCAGAGAGCAGAAGAAGAAUUCCAAGGAGACCCUCUGAACUCCAUGAAGGUUGGACAAUCGUGUCUAUACAAUGUCUCGUGCUUCACAACAGUAAACACGGACACAGUGGUGAGGAUAUUUGGUUGCACCUCAAAGGAUAGUCUUUCAAAGUAUGGUGGUUCAACAUUGGCUGCAAAACUGCUUCAGACGAAACUUAAAUCUGCAUCUCUAUUCUCUAUUGAUGGCAACACAAGUGAUUAUUUUCAGAUUAAUUUCAUGAGAGUAUUCAAAACACAUGGACUUAGUGCUAUUUUGGAAACUAACAAACAGGACUAUAAGAUACUUGAUCAUAAUGACUUAGUUGUCAAGUACACUCCCAAAAUUUCACCACGAGGCAUGGACCCCACAACCCAGUAUGAUACACAGAGUAUCCUGAUCAUGGAAGAUGACCGAGUGGUUCGGCAAGCCGCCACCUUCUUGUAUGAGAAACACCCCACAGUAACCUCUGUGUACAUGCUGGAUCAGAACGGACAUCCUAAAUUAAUCAAAGGAGAUCCCUCGCUUUUGUCGCAGGAUAGCCGACUGGUUCUAGUAGGUCAUGGACGAAAGGGCAGUGAUGGGGAAACGAGGCUGUCUGGGUACCGGCCAGAGAAGGUGGGUGAGAUCAUCUCAAGUAUAGAGAGGUUGGGAGGAGAGAUCAAAACCACCAGUGUUGUGGCCUGUGAGGUUGGCGCUGAUGAAUCUUUCAUCACCAAAUUACUGAACGAGCUCCAUGCCAGGUCUGUUCACACCGAGCUUCAUUUGAGGAGCUCCAUUUUGCAGGUGAGCAAUUCAGGAGAGAAAGUUACGGUGGAGAUCACACCCAGUGGACUGGAGGUCAUGAGGCAUAAAGACGACAGCAAGAAAGUGAUUGCUUGGAGGACUGAGGAUGGAAAGACGACCAUCAAGAUUGAGCCCAACAGCAAAGGAAAGGAGAUUUUUUCAAAUGAGAAAAACUUUCUGGGUGACAUAGAGACACAAAAUAUUCCUCCAGCUGAGCCAAAGAAAUUUGUCAAUCAAAAUAUACGCGAGUCUCACACUGACGUCUUGGAAAGUUUGGCAUGGGCCUUUUUUGGAAAUCGAGAUGUAAGUAACAUAAAUCGGCCUAAAAUAUCAAGUGAUUUUCAAUAUGUCAUCAAAGAAAUGGAUGGUACACCAGAGCAUAUACUACACAAUUCAGUUGUAGAGCAGAAGCUUAAAAACGGCUAUGAAAUCAAAUCCAGUGAAGAUAUUCUUAAUUUGAUCACUCGUUUUGCAUACGAUGGAGACAACAGACAAGACACAUAUAUUAUGUUGCGUGACUGGAUUUUCUUCAUGGAUCCUGAAAAUCUUUAUAUAUAUCCUGUUGGGAAACGGUUAAAUAAUAAUGAAAUUGGUGAUAAUGGCAAAAUAGAGAUGAUCAAAAACAGCAUUGUUGAGCAGAAAGACAAGCACACGUACCGCUCCAUACACUCAGCAAUUCAAGAGAAAAGUGAAAGUGAUUAUGGUAAAUUUGUCAGGGAAACUCUAUACAACCCUUUGGAGAUAAUGAAACUAGCUCACUCAACAGAAGCUUGGUUUUGUACCUGCUUUCUUGCCUCUGUAAUGUCAGAGUCUGCAAGAAAUUUUCGUACAUUUCCACUGAUUACAAUGGCAGUGGACAUGACCAAAAGUGGUCAUCCAGAGACUGUUAAAAUGGGACUAGAAUUUCUGUUAAAAAAACAUCCAAUGGCAAGAGGUGGUACUUGGAUGAACAAACCCCAAAGAGGCUUUUAUGGUUCAAGUGAUGUGCCAACAACAGGACUGAAAAGAAGAAUAUAUAAAUUGAGACGAGAAAGUCUGGUUGAACUAAUUAAAAAUGAAGGCAUAGUCUACAAUGCAUGGUUAGGCGAAAAGGAAUUCACUACAGAUUUGGCCAGACAUUUAAUUCAGUAUGUGCACAGCAAUCAAAUACUGGAACCUAAUUUUCAAAAUGCAAUCCAACAAUACUCAGAUGCCAUCAACAGGCCACAGCGUAACCAGGAAUUCUCAGGGGCCUUGGGAGGAUCAACGGAAGGAGCCAUAACAGGGCGAGAUCUGCAUGUGUAUGCAAAUGUGGAACAGUCGAUGAAGCUCUCCUCCCAUUACUCACGGUCCUCUGCUGUGCUGUCUGAGGAGAUUCAAAAUCAUUUACAAAAGCAGUUCGGAGAGUCGCUGAAAGACUUUGUUUUCAAACACGACAGCAUCCAAGUAAAAGAAGGAGACUGCUACUUUGAGGUAGUAUCAAAGAAAAACCCUCAUGAGAAAUACAGUGCCAAAGUAAAACUACCAGAGGAGGGACAGGUGCACAUGGACGAGAUCAGGAAAAGCAUGGAGAGCAUUUCAGAGAUGGAGAUUCCAGAGCCUGGAAAGACCCACAUGGGCUCGAAGCACUUGGAACGCGCAGGGAUGGCCAUGGGAGUCAUGGGACUGAUGCUGGGUGCCAGAGGAGCCGUAGAAUCUUUUGAGAGAGGUGACAUAGAACAUGGAGUCAUGGGGACUCUGCAGACAGCUCACGGAGCCACCGGCCUGAGCAUGGCAGUGCUUGGGAAAAAACUAGCAGUGACGAAAAACACAAAGGUUAUCAGAACCAUUAAUACAGUAUUGAGAAACCCAGUCUCUAAAGUUGCAUUGCGAGUAUUGCCAGUGGUCGGAAUCGGAUUUGGAAUAUACAGCCUUGUCGAGGACUUCAAAAGAGGAGAUGCACUGGGGUAUAUUGGUGCUGGAUUUGAUUCUGUCAUGCUUGUGUUGGAUGUGGUUGAGUUGGCCGUACCAGCACUAGCGCCAAUAAUAGUUCCUCUAAACCUGGCCAUCAGUGCAAUUCGUAUGUUGUUUGAUGAUGUCUAUUUAAGCAUAGAGUCUGAGCUAAGAAACCUUCCACCAGAUGCUGGAGUGCUGGACAAAAUUGGGGCCUUUUUCCGUGGCCUUGGUAAAGGGAUUUUGCAUUUUGCCCUGGAUGUUAUUAGCUUUUUUUAUACCGUGCCCUAUCGUGAGAUUGAGGAAGGACGGCGGCUUGUGGAACAGAUAUCCGACUACCGGAAAUACUACUCCUUCAGAGAGGUACAGGCCAAUAGGAAAGCUAUUGAUUUCACAGGCGGAGAAAUGUCAAUGAGUGGAGGUGGUAUAACAUUCUGUCUGUCUGAUAAUUGGUAUUCAACAUUUUGCAUGGAUUAUUUUGUCUCCUCUAGAACAACCCUUGGUAAAAAAUGUUGGACAGUUGACACAAGUAACACAAAAGACAUAAUCCUUGGGAUUGGGGAAUCUCAGCAGUUACAGUACAGCACCAUACAGUUGAAAGUAUUACUAUUCAUACCUGCUGGUUCCAUAGAUGUAGUCUCUGGCUAUAAGGUUAUCCCCAACACCAGAUAUGGUUAUUAUGAAGGAAACAAUCAGGACAAUAACUUCUUCGCUGUUCAGACUAAUACAGAUGAACAUAUCAUGGAAAUAAUGUUAAGCUAUUAUUACCGACUUUAUGGAAAGAGUGGUGAUGACACAUUCUUUUUGGGACCACAGAAAAGUUAUGUGGAAGGUCAGGGGGGUAGAGACACCUACGUUAUUCCCAGUCAGGGAGGCAGCACAGUUAUUAACAACUAUGACCCUGUGAAAACAAUGGACAUGCUUGUGUUUAGCGUUAACUUCCGACAGUUAAAUGUGAGGAAAUCUGGGAAUGAUGUGAUUUUAAAUUUCUUGAACACCCAUAAUGUUAGAAUUCUUAACUGGUUUGUUGGAGAGGAGUACCGCCACAUAAACAUGAUGUCAGAGGAUGGUGUUGCUUUUGACAUUUCAAGUGCUGUGGUAUCCUCCGUCAAGCUAGUUGCUCAGAGUAUAAAUAUGAUGUCUAAAACUGAAGGUCAAAGAGUUGAUGCAUCCCAGCAUCCUCUCAACACAGUGAUCAAUGUCUUCGGUUCAGCUCACAAUGACCAACUGACAGGAAAUGCUGAGAAUAACUUCAUUGAUGGUGGAGGAGGCAGUGACACCUUGAGAGGAAAGGAAGGGGAGGAUGUCUACAUGAUUAAAAAACGAGCAAAUUCAGCAGUGUCCAUUGAGAACUAUUCCAGUGACAACAAACAGGACAUGGUGCUCCUUGAGGCAAAGAUUCGUGACAUUACAGUCAGGGUGUUCGGUGACCACGUGACACUGACACCUUUUGCUGAUCGAAGCUCUCCCGUCACCGUCACUCUUCUAAACUGGUUUCGUUCGGAAGCAGAUCGCCACCUGGUGAUUGUCACAGAGGACUUUAUAACCUUCACGGUUUCAACAGACCGGUCCUCUUGCAUGACACUCAACCCUUUCACGAGCAAGUGCAUCUUAAUUGGAGUUUUGGAUUACAGCAAAUCCAAAAAUCCUCUUCAAGUGGAUCUGGAAGGGGACGAGGUCUAUGAACACGUCACAGAGGUGCGGGGAUCAGACUUUAAUGACAUUAUCAGAGGUAACAGCCAGCAAAACAUUAUAGUUACAGGAAAAGGUACUGAUUUUCUUUGUGGUCGAGGAGGGAAUGAUUGGUACGUUGUCACUCCAGGCUAUGGAUUGAAAACUAUUGACAAUUACUCUCCAGAUCUUGCAGCAGACAUGCUGUACAUAAGAGAAGGAUAUGAGUUCAUCAAAUGCAAGUGUGAUGGAGAAAACCUUAAAUUGUUAAUAAAUGGCACAGAGCAAGUCUUCAUCAAGGGGUGGUUUGGUUCAAUUAUGUCUCAACAUCUUCAGAUUCAAUCAUCUGAUGGAGUGACUUUCAACCUGCCAUCCAAUACAUUUAUUUGUGAACUUGCCACUUCACUUACAAGCAAUACACAUUUCCAAAGACAAAUGGACUCACAAAUGUUUAAUAAGAUGAAUGAGAGAAUGACAAAAGAUGGCAUCAAACAAUCAACAUUGCUAGGACCUUGUUCAUAUGAUGCUGAUGAGAGCGAUGGUGUUUUGGAGGUAAUAUGUCGUGCCUCACCAAGUUCUUCAGUGUUUCGUAACGCGUUCGCCGGCCAAGAAAAGUUUCAGGAUCACGGCUGUCCUUAUGCUGAUCAGCCUUUAUUUUCCUCAGGGUCUAUGGGAAGAAGACAUGAGAUUUACCAAAUGGUAUGCAAGUACUCGCUGAACUUGAAGUACCCACAAAUGGUGGACAACAGACAAAAGACAAGUGACUCACACACCAUGUUCAUGAAUCAAAGAGAGUUUGUGUCUGUGUUAGAAUUAUUUGGCUCCUCAGGAUUUGUUGACAUGACUGGCAAUGCAAAAGACAACAAACUGGACUCUUACCUAGGGGGUGGGCUGAUGGCAGGGUUAGAUGGUAUAGACACCUAUGUGGUGAAAUCUGAAUAUGGAACAAACAUUGAGAUAGAUAACUUAUCAAAAGACAUGAAGGAAGACAGAGUUCUCCUUGAAGCUGACUUUUUCAGUGGGUCUCUCACAGUUUUGUCUGAAGGAUAUAAUGUUCUGAUCAGAGCCAAAAACAAAGGUCACGACAUGCAGGUCCGUUUGCAUAAAUAUCAUCUAGGUGAACAGUACCAACACCUGUCCUUUGUGACAUCUGAUGGAGUACACUUUCGACUUGGAUAUCUGGAGGAUGCAAACCCUAAAACUAUGUUUAUCAAAGCCUACAAAGUCAAGAUGGAAAAUGAGUGGACUGAUUGCAGAAUGGAUUUAAAUGCACAUGCAAACCUUUCAGCCAUUCAUACAGUCCAAGGAUGCCCCCAGCAAUCCAAUAGCAUUGAAGGUAAUGAUUUGGACAAUGCUCUCACAGGUGGCGUGAAGGUUGACAUGAUCAAUGGAGGCCCUGGUCACGACACCUUAAUGGGGGGCCGGGGAAAUGACAUCCUUCUGGGGGGCAGCGGUGACGACACCCUUUACGGAGAAGAAGGGGAUGACACCAUGAUGGGAGGGCCAGGCUCUGAUGCUUUCAUCCCUGGACCAGGGGCAGACUUGAUGGAUGGUGGCGAAGGAAGAGACACAGUGUUUUACCAGGGAAACCACAGCACUGGCGAAGGGGUUUACAUCAACCUGCUUACUGGUGAGUGUCGGCAGGCUGACGCAGAAGGAGAUGUGCUGAAAGAUGUCGAGAAUGUGGUUGGCACCAUCUACUCGGACAUACUGGUGGCAGGUUACGAACCCACUCUCCUCAAAGGAUCUGAUGGCAACGAUGUCCUUGUGUCUCAAGCUGGAAAGGACUACUUAAUUGGAGGAGAUGGAAGUGAUGUGUACAUGAUGGUCUUCCCACGAGACACCGUCAUCAUUGACAACUGCGCUGAUGACAAUGCCACCGACGUCCUGUACCUCCGGUCCAUGUCUGCGGACACUGUCCUCUGCUCACAGACUAACACCAGCCUGACUUUGUCAUUCAGGGAUGAAGCCAAAGUCGUGAAUGUCGAACUGAAUGACUGGAUAAUCGGGAGUGGCACAUGUAGGCAUCUGUUGGUUAUCCUGAAGGAGGGGGAAACUACUGUAGAAGUCCUUCAGCACAAAUGCAAAGCAAAUGCAGAGCAAAUGUAAAAUUUUUGUACCUUCUAUCUUUUAUUUUCACAUGCUCAAUGUUUGUGUUAUUCGUUGCUCGUCAAUGGCUCUCCUUGUCACAAAUAACUUUUGCUAUACUGUAUUCCAGUCUCAUUGUAAUAGAGAAUUGUUGAAUUAUGCAGUACAUUGCCAUAUACUGUAUUUUGCUUUAAGUUAGAUAAGACAAAUUAGAAAUAAUGAACUUAUGUCAAAGUUGUGUCUUUAUUCACAUCCUUCUAUACUCAAUACUCUGUACUGGUUGUUAGAAAUGUUAUCAAAUGAUUAAAUCUUCUUGCAUCUAUGGAUGAUUGUAUGUGCUAUUUUCAUUUAAACACUGUACUGUAUAACAAAUCUGAAGGGGCUAGUGAAAUCCCAUUUUGCAUUUGAUGUUGGGUAAGUUUGCAAUGUUCACGAAAGAUGAGC